CCUACUGGUUCAGUCAAUUUUAAUGACAGUGGUUGAGUGGUAAGAGAGUGGUCAGUGACGUUAGUUGCGUACUUAUAGGUAUUUAGUAAAUUUGCGUGAUGGUAGACUUUUCUCCAAAACAAUAUGUGGUAGGAAUGUUGAAAUAUUCUACAUAUUUUGAACUAUCAUGGGCAUACAGUUUAUAGUUUGUCAAUUGAAUUUGUCCUCCAUGACAAAAAAAGUAGGAUCAAACUUUUAAAAACUUUGAUGGCAUUAGAUGAAUGACAUGUACCAAGUUCUCAUCAGCGGUUAUUAUUUAACAAAUGUGUCGAGUGGAAAACCAUACUAUGUUUACACCAUUGAAUUGUUAGACCUGACUGAUCAAACAAAAUAUAUUAUUGAAAAAAGAUAUAGUGAAUUCAGCAGUCUCCAUAAUGUGCUCAAAAAAAAUUAUCAAACAGCUCCGUUUCCUCCAAAACGUGUGCGAAACUCUAAUCCUAAGGUUUUAGAGCAAAGACGAGUAGCUUUAGAAAUUUAUAUCCAAACAAUGUUGAAAUUCACAAACACAAAACAACAAGUACUCAACUUCUUAGGUGUCGAUGAAGAUACUCAAAAAAAUUACGGUGAAGCAGUUCAUAAUAAUAAGUAUAACGUUUUACCCAGGUCUCUUAGUAAUCAUCCAGUAUUAACGUUCCAGUGUGAUCCUUAUGUAAAUGCAAGUAAUACCACAAAUCUUCCAGAUAUUGUAACAAAUGGGGUAUUACUUGGUAUUUAUAAAUCAUAAAUGAA